CCAAACGCAGCUCCAAAUGCCAUCACCGGCUUCUGCACUCGCCCCCGCCGCCGCAUGACCCCCGCCGCCGGCCGCCCAUCCCCUCCGGUCGCUACCCUCCUCGGCCGCUGCCGUACUCUUCGCUGCCUCGCCCAACUCCACGCCCGCAUCGUUCGCCUUGGCCUCCACAACCACCACGCCCUCCUCGCGCGCUUCACCGCGGCCUGCGACUCGCUCGCCUCCCCCUGCGUCGCCGACUCCUUCCUCUCGGCUCUCCCUUCCCACGCCGUCCCGCUCAGCCUCCGCAACUCCGUCAUCGCCUCGCUCUCCCGCCAUUCCCCGCUCCACGCUGCGCUUGCGCACUUCAAUAUCGUCCGCCGCACCGCCUGCCCCGACGCCUUCUCUUUCCCUCCCCUCCUCCGCGCGUGCGCCCGCGUACGCUGCAAACCCACCGGCUCCGCUUUGCACGCCGCAGCCAUACGCCUCGGCCUGGAUGCCGACCUCUUCGUCCGCACAGCGCUCAUCCAGUUCUACGGAAGCUGCAGCUCUGCUGGCGCAUCCCGGAUGCUUUUCGACUCGAUGGUCAUCCCCAGCGACGUUUCCUGGACUGCCAUUAUCAUGGUCUACGUCGACUGUGGUGACAUCGUGUCUGCCCGGGAGCUUUUUGACCGAAUGCCAUACAGGAACGUGGUUCAUUGGAACGCCAUGGUUGGUGGGUAUGUGAAGUGCGGGGACCUGGAGAGUGCGAGGAGGCUGUUCGAAGAAAUGCCCCAAAGAACUGCUGCAGCGCACACAUCGUUGAUCGGUGGGUAUGCAAAGGCAGGAAAUAUGCAGGUUGCCAAAAGGCUGUUUGAUAAGUUACGUGACCGGGAUGUGUUCUCAUGGUCAGCAAUGAUAUCAGGCUAUGCACAGAAUGGUUAUCCUGGAGAGGCUUUAAGGAUUUUUAAUGAGUUCCGUGAGGACAUAUGCCCGGACGAGCUUGUUAUUGUUGCUCUGAUGACAGCGUGCUCCCAACUGGGUAACAUCAUGUUGGCAAAAUGGAUUGAAGGUUACAUCACGACUUAUUCCAUAGAUAUGAACAAUGCCCAUGUGUUGGCAGGUCUCAUAAACAUGAAUGCAAAGUGUGGGAACAUGGAAAAGGCUACUGUUUUAUUUGAGUCCAUGCCAGUUCGAGAUGUGUUCUCAUACUGUUCGAUGAUGCAAGGUCAUUGCCUCCAUGGUUCAGCUAACAAGGCUGUUGAUCUUUUCUCUAGGAUGCUUUUGGAGGGCCUCUCCCCAGAUACUGCUGUGUUUACAGUUGUUUUGACAGCUUGCAAUCAUGCUGGCCUAGUAGAAGAAGGGAAAAAGUACUUUGCUAUGAUGAAGAAUGAGUAUUUCAUUAUGCCAUCUGGCGAUCACUAUGCUUGCCUUGUCAGUCUUCUCGGGCGUUUUGGGAUGCUGAGAGAUGCAUAUGAGCUUAUUAAGUCUAUGCCAGGAAAACCUCAUCCGGGAUCAUGGGGUGCAUUGUUGCGUGGAUGCAUACUCCAAGGUGAUAUUGAGCUUGGAAAAAUUGCUGCGAAGAAGCUUUUUGAAAUUGAACCAGAUAAUGCUGGAAAUUAUAUUACCCUGUCAAACAUUUAUGCUAACAUUGACAGAUGGGCCGAUGUUUCUGAAGUUAGAGCUGAAAUGGCCGGAAAAGGGAUAACAAAAAUAGCAGGUCGAACCGUUGUUCUACAGUGAGGCAUUUGUUGAGACUAUUGAUGUGUUUAACUAUUUAUCUUGUCUUAGCUUUGCUGACCUUAUUGGAAUGUUAAGUAGAGUAGUAGACUUCUGCUGUGAAUGUGGAAAAAGGACGAUAUGUGUGCUUUGCAUUGUUAACUCAUGAUGAUUACGAAAUCAUCAGAAACCAAUGGUUUGCACUCAAGUUGGGGGAUGUUUGUGGUAGAAGAUUGCUGCCUUUUGACACAGACAACAUGUUAAUUUACAACCUGUCUUGGGUUAAUAAGAGUCAUCGAGCCAUCUGAGGUGAAUUGUUCACUUCUGCAUAGUGCUUCUAGUUAUAUGCUGACAUUACCUGGUUUUAAGAACCAGAGGAUAAUGUGAUUGCUGAGGAGAUUUCAUGUACUGCUGCCAUUGCUGAUGAGAUGAUGCCCUCAUACAGGGUAGUACCACUAUAGCUGUGAUUGCAAUGUUGGUGAAAGCUAUAAUCUCCGUUGAACUGAAAUCAUCCAAUCCUGUUUCACAAAAACAGAGCAUUUCAGAAAAGCGAAGAAAGGCUCAUUUUUUUUGUUGCAUAGGGAAAUUCGUGAACCUUGUUAUUAUCCCUCACUUUGGGCUUCAGUCUUCAGUGUUCCCAGCAUAUGUCAAAUUGAAAUCUCUUCAGAAGUUUUGAGGACUAAAGCUUUUGAAGGUAUUCUGGAGGACACGGGUACUAUUUCACAAUAAUGGCCCUUAUCAGAAGGGGAGCCUUGGCGCAGCGGUAAAGCUGUUGCCUUGUGACCAUGAGGUCACAGGUUUGAGUCCUGGAAACAGUCUCCUACAGAAAUGUUGGGAAAGACUGCGUACUAUAGACCUAAAGUGGUUGGACCCUUCCCCGGGCCCUGCGCAAGCGGGAGCUACGUGCACCGGGCUGCCCCUAAUGGCCCUUAUCAAGAUAAGAAAAGUGUUGACAUUUGAUAUGGAAGUACUUUCAAGCUUCACCUUUGAGAGUCAUGUAGAGGACAAGGCACACUUCUAGUUGCUUUUCACUUUGAUAGCAUGUGACACAUGCUUCUAAACUGAUCGGUAUGUGUACGGGUGACCUACACACAAAAGCAUUUCUUCUCUUGAUUAAUGUGCAUGAAUUUGGUAAUA